AAAGCAAAAUACCAGAAAAAAGUUGAACCGAUUAAGUGUUGCGAGUAUUGAAAUAAUAGACAAAAAAAGAAAGAGAUGAUAGAAAAGCAGUUCUUAAGAGAAAAAAAUAAAUGUUUUGAAUCCGUAUGUUUACGUAUAAACCGAUUUGAAGUACCGCCAGCCGUAGCAAAGGGACAGUCGGUUUUAUUACAUUGUAAUUUUGAUAUGGAAGGGGAUGAGCUGUAUUCAGUCAAGUAUUAUAAAGAUUAUGUCGAGUUUUACCGAUAUCUGCCAUUAGAGGAGCCCCGACCCGGACAACGGUUCAAACUUAGAGGCGCUUACGUUGACGUAAUGCGUUCAAAUUCAACUCAUGCUUUCCUAACAUAUACUGAUUUACACUCGGAUGGUAUGUAUGCGUGUGAGAUCAGUACUGAAGGACCGUCGUAUCGGACCGUCAGAAGUGAACAACUAUUGAAAGUUUAUGUUCUGCCAAAAGAGAGUCUCCGUAUUGAGGGCUCGGAGUUAUCGUAUGAUUUGAACGAUAAGAUCAAUUUGAGCUGUAAGUCGGGUUAUGCCAGACCUCAUGCGACACUCCAUUGGCUCAUCAAUGAUCAUAUGGCACAACCGCAUCAAUUGAUUGAAUAUCCCAUUGAAACCAAUAAGGAUGGACUACAGCGCAGCCAAUUGGGUCUUCUAAUGUAUGCCACUCCUAAUUUCUUUAAUAGGGGUCAGUUAGCUUUGAGAUGUACAACAACAUUGACAUUGGUUUACGAGUUUGAGGCCGUCGAGUAUGUAAUCGCGGGUUCGGCCAGAAAUAAGUCUCAUCGGAGUUCAUAUUCCUGGAGAAAAGAUUGGUCUAUUCAACCAAACCGUGAAACUCCUAUAAUAAAAGGUGUGAAACAAAGUUAUAAUGUAAACGAAGUACUGAACGUCAACUGUACGACAAAUGCAGUCGAGGCUCAACUCAAAUGGUAUGUCAUGAAUGUGGAGGUUAACGAAACUAAUUUGAUUCGUUAUAUAAACAAAGAGUCGGGAGCUUUAAUACUGGGGCUGAGGAUACAAAUGGAGAGAAAGCACUUCCAGAUCGAGGAACUGAAACUUAGAUGUGUUUCCAUAUUUCACAGAAAUAUUGCAGAAUUUCACGAAAAUUUAAUUAUCCGAACCUAUAAUCAGGAGAUUCUUGAGGCUCAGUCCUCUAAUGUCGAGUCCAACAGUCAUUUCAUUUAUUUGGCACAAUAUGGAACUUACAGUGGCCUUAUAUAUUUAAUUAAAAUUUUAGUUAUAUUAUAUUUCAAUCAAUUUUACAUUUCAUUUUGUUAUGUGUAG